UCCAAUUGUUUGGCAUGUUAGCUCUUUUAGGAGACAAACCCGGCAUCAUAGAAACCUGUUCUUGUUGAAUCUUUACCCAAACAAGGGAAAGAAAAAAGGGAGAAGGAAAAAUCCCAAAAAGAAAGAAAGUGGAAGGAACAAAUUGAAGGCAAGCAUUGAUCACCAACUUCUCCUUUUGCUCUCCCCUUCAAUCUAACAGCAAAACUCUACUAAACAUUGUUCUUUUCAAAAAACUAGAAACAGCCCAUUUCACCAAACCAUCACAGCAAAAUAGGACACACAACACAUAAACAAUCUCAAGAAACAAACAAAACAAAACAGAUACAGCUUGUUGUCUUUGUCUUUGUCUUGAUGGUUCCCUUCCAAGUCUCCCCUUUUCUUGGUUUGCUGCAAAAAUGCAGAUGUCGUUCUUGAAAACUAGUACGAAACAACGACAAUGAGAGAUGGAGAAGGGAGGAGAGAGAACAAAGAAUGAGUCUUUGUAGGUAGGUAGAAAGAGAGAAAUGAGCAUAGAGAACGUUGGCAUAAUAAAGGCAUGGGAAGCAAAACUUAGGAAAUCACAAGCAACAAAGAAGAAGAAAAACAACAGUGUCUUUCUCACCAUGAUGUCAGCAGCAGUAGCUCAUGUAGAUGAUGAUGAUCCUCCUUGUAAAGAACCUGUACACCAUGCAGAAAAGGCCCUUUGUAAUGGUGAUUUCUACACAGGCCUAUGGCUUGACAACCUCCCUCAUGGACAUGGAAAAUAUCUUUGGACAGAUGGUUGCAUGUAUCUUGGUGAAUGGUAUAAAGGUAAAACAAUGGGAAAGGGUAAAUUUGGUUGGUUUUCUGGUGCGACCUACGAGGGUGAUUUCAAGGGGGGUUAUAUGGAUGGUAGAGGGACCUUUACAGGUUCUUCAGGUGAUGCUUAUAGAGGCUACUGGGUUAUGAAUUUGAGACAUGGACAAGGUACACAGAGUUAUGCUAAUGGUGAUUGUUAUGAUGGUGAUUGGAGAAGAGGUUCACAAGAUGGACAUGGAAGGUACCAAUGGAAUACUUCGAAUCGUUAUAUUGGUCAAUGGAAGAGUGGGUUGAUGAAUGGUAAUGGAACUAUGAUUUGGAGCAAUGGGAAUAGGUAUGAUGGGUUUUGGCAAGAUGGACUGCCUAAAGGAAAUGGGAGUUUUAGAUGGUCAGACGGAAAUUUUUAUGUGGGUUUUUGGAGUAAAGAUCCUAAUGAGCAAAAUGGGACUUAUUAUCCAUCUGGGUCUGCGUCAGGGAAUUUGGAUUGGGAUCCCCAGGAGGUGUUUUUGGAUUUGAACGAUUGUAAGAUUUCUACUUGUGAAAAGAUGUCAAUUUUUCCAUCGCAGAAGAUGUUGAAUUGGUCUGGGGUUCUUGAUCAAGGGAAUGCUAAUCCAGUGAAAGGAAAUGGCGGUGAAGGAAGGCUCAGGAGGAUAUCAGUGGAUGGGAGGCUGAGUAACUACAGCGUGGCUUCAUUAGAUGGCUGUGAUGUUUAUAGUGGUGGGGUUGAUGGGGAUUUGAGGGAUGUAGACGAAGGGUUUGGAAAUCUCCAAGUUGAAGAAUUGGAUCCAAAAAUAUCUAAAUGGAGAACACAGCCUGUGAAGAAGCAAGGGGAAACAAUAUCCAAAGGGCAUAAGAAUUAUGAACUCAUGCUCAAUCUGCAGUUGGGAAUAAGACAUUCGGUGGGACGGCCUGCUCCAGCUAUAUCUCUUGAUCUGAAGUCUUCGGCAUUUGAUCCCAAAGAAAAAGUUUGGACUAAAUUUCCAUCAGAGGGAUCCAAGCACACCCCACCUCACCAGUCUUCUGAGUUCAAAUGGAAGGAUUAUUGCCCUGUAGUUUUCAGGACUCUUAGGAAAUUGUUCAAUGUGGAUGCAGCUGAUUACAUGUUAUCGAUAUGUGGGAAUGAUGCACUUAGGGAACUCUCAUCCCCGGGAAAAAGUGGAAGCUUUUUUUACCUGACAAAUGAUGAUCGCUACAUGAUAAAGACAAUAAAGAAGGCAGAAGUAAAAGUCUUCUUGAGGAUGCUGCCAGCCUACUAUAAUCAUGUUCGGUCUUUUGAGAACACUCUAGUAACCAAAUUUUAUGGUCUUCAUUGCGUAAAAUUAACAGGGCCGAAUCAGAAGAAGGUCCGAUUUGUCAUUAUGGGGAAUCUGUUUUGUUCUGAAUUCUCUAUUCAUCGGCGCUUUGACUUAAAAGGUUCGUCCCACGGUCGCAUGACUUCUAAACCUGAGUCAGAAAUUGAUCCAACAACAACCCUCAAGGACCUUGAUCUCAAUUACAUAUUUCGGUUGCAGAAAUCUUGGUUCCAAGAGUUUUGCAGGCAAGUGGACAGAGAUUGUGACUUCCUUGAACAGGAGAGAAUAAUGGACUACAGUCUUUUGGUUGGUCUACACUUUCGAGAAGCUUCAUACAGGGAAUCCCUCACACCCCCUCGUACUUCUGGAGUUCGGACUCCCACCGGAAUUCGCACUCCUGCUGGAGUUCAGACUCCCAAUGGACUUCGAACUCCCACCGGACUUCACAGUCCUACAGGAAUGGGAGAUGAAACUGAAUCGGGAGCUCCACGCCUUUCCAGAGUGGAUUUGGAUAAGCUUUUCAUCGAUCCCACUCGGUGGGCUUCCAUUAAAUUAGGUAUAAACAUGCCGGCAAGGGUUGAAAAGACAGCCAGGAGAAGAGAUGGUGAAGCUCAGCUAAUUGGAGAACCAACUGGGGUGUUAUAUGAAGUCGUCCUAUUUUUCGGUAUCAUAGACAUUCUACAAGACUAUGAUAUAAGCAAAAAGCUCGAGCACGCAUACAAGUCCAUGCAGUAUGAUCCAACUUCAAUCUCUGCCGUUGAUCCAAAGCAAUACUCAAAACGCUUUCGGGAUUUCAUCUUCAGAGUAUUUGCAGAAGACGCUUGAAGGGUAUAGAUUGAUUAGAAUCGUCAUAUCGCAACCCGUGGCCAUAUAUGUGCUUGGCUAGAGAUGAGAGUACUUAAAUGUAGACUAAAGGUUACUGUUUCACCAUCUAUUUGACCACAGGGAAUGAUUUGUUGCGGCUGGGAAUAGGUUUUCUGAAAUCGGGCAUUGUAUAUUUCCCCUCACCAUCAUAUCUACUAACUUAGUUACAUACGAUAUAUCAUAGGAAAGGUAUAUACCAGAGCUACUCGAGCUUGUUUCAAGUGUAAAUGAGUUAACCAGGUGGAGUACUUACAUAUAUUGAAAUUGAUUCUUUUUGGACCUAA